AUGAAGCUCGUCGUCGCCGGUUCAACCGGCUUGUUGGGCUCCGAGAUCAUCCGCCAGACCCUGCACAUCCCCGAAAUCACCCAGGUUGUUGCGUUGUCCCGUAAGCCACUUCGUCUCGAUGAAGGGCUUGAUUCUUCCAAGAUCAAAAACGUCAUCAUCAGCGACUACGGAGAGUACCCCGAUGAGGUGAAGGCCGAGUUUGCCGGCGCAGAUGCGUGUAUCUGGUGUGCUUGUCAUACUUCCCCGCAUGUGGAAUUCUAUACUUACCAUCUUGAUCGUGAAUACAGGACCGUCGCUAUCACUCCUUUCCGAUCUGGCGAAUUCGACUCUGCCGAGGUGAAGCGAGUCUGUCAGGAUUGCACGAAGAUAGGAUUCGACGCCAUGAACAAUGCGGGACCUGCGCGCCCAUUUCGUUUCAUCUAUCUCAGCGCUGAUGGGACCCCCCGAGACCCGGAGAAGAAGGCUUUCCUCUGGGCUGAGUAUCAAGUCAUGCGGUGUAAUACCGAACUGAUGGUCCUCAAAUUUCCCACCGAGAACGAAGGAGUGGAGAUCUGCAUCGCCCAGCCCGGGGUCAUCACGAACUGGACUAGUUUUACGCGAGGUGUUGUGGCGAGCGUCUUCAGUGCGACGAAUCUCAUUGGCGUUCCCUUCCCGAAUAUCUAUCUAGUUGAUGCCGCGGCCGCGGUUCUCGACCAGGCUGUGCAUGGAAUCGAGAAGGAGACCCUUCGAAACGCCGAUCUUGUCCGCAUUGGUGCGAAGGCAUUGAAAUCUCGGAAUGGGGGUCGAGAAUUGUGGUGGUUCUAG